CCACGUGUCAAAACGACUUAAAAGGGGCGGGAAGAGUCUCAAAACGACGUCGUAUCACUGAAACACCAACCAUUUCCGAACAAAGCUUUGGUUGGAAAAUUCAUAAACCCAAAAAUGGAGGGAAAAUAUCGGAGAAGAAGAAGCUCACAACCAAAACCAGAACCAGGCGAUUCGGUGAAGAACAAUAUCAAAGAAUUUACUCGAGCUAUAGUUGAAGAUCUUUGCAAAGGACGGUCUCCUGUAAUUUCAAUCGAUCGUUUCAGUAGCUACUGCACCAAUUCAGAUUCUAUCUGUUGUUGUAGCUCUGAUUUUCCUAAUGGGAGGGAAAUUCUUACAUUUAAGAGGGAAAACCAAGUGCAUAGAAUUGAUGUUCUGCUGAGGGUUCUGUUGAUUGUGCAGAAGCUUUUGCAAGAAAACAAACAUGGUUCUAAAAGAGAUAUAUAUUACAUGCACCCAGCUGUAUUUUCAGAUCAGUCAGUUGUAGACCGGGCAAUCAAUGAUAUAUGCAUCCUUAUGCAGUGCAGUAGACACAAUUUAAAUGUGGUUUCUGUUGGAAAGGGGUUUGUGAUGGGAUGGCUAAGAUUCUCAGAAUCUGAAAAGAUAUUUGAUUGCAUAAAUAGGCCAAGCACGGCUCACCCAAUUCCUGUUCACGUUGAAGAAGUUAAAGAUGUAGUUAGUAUUGCCAAAUACAUUCUUGUUGUGGAGAAAGAAUCAGUGUUCCAACGAUUGGCAAAUGACCAAUUCUGCAACAAAAACCGUUGCAUUGUUAUCACGGGACGAGGUUAUCCUGAUAUUCCUACGAGAAGGUUUUUGCGUCUUCUUAUUGAUACUUUGCAUCUCCCCGCAUAUUGUUUGGUAGAUUGUGAUCCUUACGGGUUUGACAUUUUGUGUACAUAUCGAUUUGGCUCUAUGCAAAUGGCAUACGAUUCAAAAAAUUUAAGGGUCCCAGAAAUAAAAUGGAUUGGAGUUUUUCCUUCAGAUUUUGACAAGUAUUGUAUUCCAAACCAGUGUUUUCUUCCUUUGACACCAGAAGACAAAAGGAAAACUGAAUCCAUGUUACUCAGAUGCUAUUUACAAAGAGAGGUGCCGCAAUGGAGAGUGGAGCUAGAGGUGAUGCUGCAAAGAGGAGUGAAGUUCGAGAUAGAAGCAUUAUCUGUUCGCGCCUUAUCUUUUUUAUCAGAGGAGUACCUACCAUCUAAAAUUCAAGGUGGACUCUAUAUCUAAUCUAAUCUCUUGAAAAAUGGCCUGUCUGCAUAAGUGUUACAUUAGCAAAGUUUAAUGAUUCAAAUAACACUAUUGGGAAUCCGCCCAAGAGGCAUGGAGUUUGAGUCUUUCCUUCUUAAAUUCGAGUUUUAGAGAUUUAUAGGUAUUAACAAAACAAAAAACAGGAUUGGGAGCACUGUAAUUAAUCGAAAGUAAAAUAAAACAUUAUGGUUAUUAUUUUCAUUAUUGUUAACAUUAGAUAAUAUGAGGUUUUGCCUCAUCUAUUGGAAUAGUAUCCACAGGCUCUCUAUUGUAAAUCUCACUGUAAUUUAACAUUGAAGAAUCUAUGAUGUGUGGAUUUAAAAAUUUAUUACUCUUCAUGUUU